CAGCACUAGACUGGAAGAAAUCUAAUGAAAACAGGAUCCAAAUCAAAAUACUCACAAAUAUCUUGGUCAUUUCCUCCUGGGAAGCACCAUGAUAUUAUACCACCUAAUGAUAAUUUUUAUCCUAUGGCCUUCCUACACUGUAGGACAAGUGAGAUCUUGUGAAUAUCCAGAAAUUGAAAAUGGAAUCAUUUAUAAGCCAUAUUGGCAAAGCGAGGAAUCUGAUCGCAGUUCAUUUCCCGAAUCCAUUGGAAAAGUAAUGCACUACCAUUGUAAUGAAAAUUAUGUACCUGCUCAAGGAUCUCCCUCAGACUAUUGGACAAAAUUUUCAUGUACUGCAGAAGGAUGGUCUCCAGUGCCAGAAUGCAUUCGAGAGUGCUACCUUUAUUCAGUAGAAAAUGGUCAUUUUUGGCCAAUAAAAGGCCAUUAUAAGGAAGGUGAUGAAAUAACAAUUGAAUGUAAUCAUGGCUACAGACUUCCAAAUGAUCAAGACAAAAUUUCCUGCACCAAACAAGGCUGGUCUGCUGAUACAGACUGUAUAAGGAUCAAAAUGUGCACAGUCAAAAUUUACUUUGAGAACGGAUUUUUUUCUGAAUCAAAAUCACAUUACCUUGUCAACGCAGAAGCAAGAUACCAAUGUAAAGAAGGAUAUGCAACAACAGAUGGAAAAAAAGAGGGAUUUAUCACAUGUGGGCAACAAGGAUGGUUGAAUCAACCACAGUGUAUUAAAAUUUGUGAUAUUCCGCAAUUUGAAAAUGCCAGAUACAAAGGAAAUAAGGCAUUUCUGAGGCCUAAUGAAAGAUUAGAAUAUGAAUGCAUGGAUGGAUAUGAAAUUACAAGUGGGGAAACUACAGGUGUCAAAGUUUGUGGUGUUGAUGAGUGGCCCACAAUAAUUGAAUGCUAUGUGAGACCUUGUGAAUACCCAGAAAUUGAAAAUGGAUACAUUCAUAAGCCGUUUUGGCAGACUGAGAAAUACUAUCGAAGUUUGUUUCCACAAUCUAUUGGAAAAAUAAUGUACUACCGUUGUAAUGAAAAUUAUGUACCUGCUCAAGGAUCUCCCUCAGACUAUUGGACAACAUUUUCAUGUACUGAAGAAGGAUGGUCUCCAGUGCCAGAAUGCCUUCCUGUGAGAUGUUCAGCUCCACCCCAGUUCUUUAAUGCUGACAUGAUUGGUAUUUCAAAACGCCACUAUUUUCCAGGAGACAAAGUGAUUUAUCAUUGUCUACCAAAUUUCCAAGCUGAAGGCUCAACUGAAGUAACUUGUAUAGGAGGCCUCUGGAAAGGGGAUCCCCAAUGCAAAGAUUACUCUUGUGGGUAUCCACCUCAAAUUGAAAAUGGUGAAAUUAUAAGCAAUAUAAAGGCACGAUAUGAGGCUGGUGAAACAGUGAGUUACAAGUGUAUUCGACAGUUUAAAAUAUAUGGAAAUCCAGAUAUAGUUUGUAUAAAUAAGACCUGGACAGAACUUCCUCAAUGCAAAGUGAGACCUUGUGAUUAUCCAGAAAUUGAAAAUGGAAUCAUUUUUAAGCCAUUUUGGUACAGUGAGCAAUACUAUCGAAGUUUGUUUCCAGAAUCUAUUGGAAAAGUAAUGCACUACCAUUGUAAUGAAAAUUAUGUACCUGCUCAAGGAUCUUCCUCAGGCUAUUGGACAACAUUUUCAUGUACUAGAGAAGGAUGGUCUCCAGUGCCAGAAUGCCUUCAUAUCACAUGUAAUCCCCCACACCUGGCUAAUGGGAAUAUAUACCCUCAGAAAGAUAAAUAUAGAGGAAGUGAUGAAAUCUCAUACCACUGCAAAAAAGGUUUUUACCCACCACUUACUGGAAAUAAGUCAAAAUGUACCCCUGAAGGCUGGUUACCUCUUCCAAGAUGUAACUUGAGACUUUGUGAUUAUCCAGAAAUUGAAAAUGGAAUCAUUUUUAAGCCAUUUUGGUACAGUGAGCAAUACUAUCGAAGUUUGUUUCCACAAUUUAUUGGAAAAGUAAUGCACUACCAUUGUAAUGAAAAUUAUGUACCUGCUCAAGGAUCCUCCUCAGACUAUUGGACAACAUUUUCAUGUACUGGAGAAGGAUGGUCUCCAGUGCCAGAAUGCCUUCAAAAAAAGCCGUGUUCCAAACCUCCUGCUAUUCAAUAUGGAGCCAUUAAGCAAGUGAGAAGUUCAGAAGUAGAUGAUGACAAUUUGGAAUCCAAUACCUACGCACAUAAUACUACAGUAAACUACUCAUGUGAUGAAGGAUUCAAGAUGAUAGGAAGAGAGGAGAUAACAUGUAAUAUGGGAAAAUGGAGCCCAUCACCUCAGUGCAUUGGAAUUUAGCUGCAGAGACAAUGAAGGAGAAAUGCAUCAGACAUAUCUUGCCACUGAUUGGAAAUGGCAACUGUAACAAAUGCUCAGCCUCAAUCCGCACAAUUUGAUCACUUUCUACUUUGAGAUAAAUGUUUUGAUUUAGUUGUAUUCUCACAGUUUGGUCCAUCAUUCAUUUUGACUUAAAAAUGUUCAGCUUUUAACCUGCAAAAGCUAAAGCAUGAAAUAGUGAAGAAAAAGUCACUUUGUAUCAAUAAAACCUUUACUGUAAGAAAA